AUGUAUCGCGUCCAAGACACAUCACUUUCCAGUGUUUGUGCGAGGUUUCAAAAGAGUGCCAGUAUUCUUCGAAGCGCGCGGCGAGAGAAGGCGAUGAAAGAGAAUCGGCCUGCUAUUGAAACAUCGAGUGAUUCGACAUACACCGCGAUAGCAGUUAAAGAGUCCUUAUGUGAGAGUGAUGUAGUGAAUGCAAAAGGGCUAUUAGAGUCCACCGAAGUGCAAACGGUAGAGAUGGGGAUAAAAAUAUUGAUGACGAUUUACCGCGCAACACUCCAACACAAGACUCGCAUGACACCGGAGAGUUUCUUUGAGUUGAUAGUUGACCGAUCGAUGGAUAUUCUAUUAAUUAAACUACUUGGUGUGUCAACUCAACUUGGACAACAAGCGAUCACACGAGUCUUGUCCCUCUUGAAUGGGAUUUCUAUUCGAAAGUCUUCUCUAUCAUUGAAUUUGAUCAACGAGGAUUUAUUCACCAACACUAUAAUGCUCGCACAAGACAAAAGGUAUAUUGUCGACAUCUUCUUGUUGUACGGGAACAUCGCGGUCGACACUUCUGAAUCGCGAAACUUUGUAUAUCAACACACGAAAGCUUUGUUAUUGGGCAUCGACUUCAAAACAAUACAAAACGACAAGAUUUACGACGCAACCGCAUUUCUGAUUGGAACGUUCUUUCAAGGGACACCAUCAUUGCCGUAUGAAGAGGUGUCGCUGAUGGCUAAUAUUCUCCAAACACUCUGUAUGACGCAAUUGUAUAAUGUCAUUAACUCUGCUUGCAUCGCACUCUCAAACUUCAUUACACAAACACCAAACUUCAAUAAUUUGCUGGGGGAAUUACUUAAAAAGGUCUACGCGUCGCUCAAAAACGUCGACGACGACGUUGUGAUCAAUGCGCUUGUGGCCAUUUCAAAGAUGUCAAAUACUUCGGACCACAUUAUCGUGGAGUUAGUCAAGUGUGGGAUAUUCAAUGUCUUUGAAGAACUCAUCGACUCGCGAAAGAGGGACGUGGUGUGUGGAGUCCUCUAUAGUCUUUCGAAUAUGGUGAUGUGCGACGUCUGCAACUUGGCGGAUGUUGCGUAUCAAUCGGGCGUUAUAUCCGAAGCGGUGAAUUAUGGAAUGGUAUCCGCAGAUGAUGAGAUCAUCACAAACACUGCAUGGAUCAUCAUUAACAUGAUCACAAAAAUCAAUGAUAAUUAUUUGGAGGCAUUCAUCAAUGUGCCGGGACUUGUUUUCAUCUUGUCGAAAGUCAUUGUAAUGAACACCGACCCGAAAUAUGACUUAUUACUCUACACUAUGAAAGCCUUUUUUAAGAUGUUAUGCUUUGGGGAACACUUAUUAAACGAAGAUAAGAUCAACCCCGUCGCUUUGGAAAUGGAGAAUAACAACUGCGUCACUUAUAUUAACAAUUUGACUAUGGACGAGCUUGUUCAGCCAGAAACAAGAACUA